UAUCGCGCGGUUUGGUACUGGAGCAUGGCCGAAAGUGGACUCUCAUGUCUGCUAAAGACAAAAUAACGAGCAACGGCAACAACAGCGAACGUGACAGCAUUGGAACAGCAUUAGCAACGGUGUCAUUAUGCUCGAGUUAAAGGUAUUCUAUUGUCUGUUCCUGUUGACGUUUUUGGACACGACGUCGCAGAUCCGACCGUCGCUGCACGGCCACAACAAUGCCUUUGUUCAAGAUGACAACGAUGUUCAAUAUCUUUUGGAUAAUAUGCCAAUAUCUAUACAUAAGGAUUUUGGUAAUACAGUACAUGUUGGGGAUGCUGUAUCGAAUGAAGAAAAAAUAGAGGAUUCAUUCUCUCAUAUUUCUUUUGAACCAAAUAUCUUAGAUUUCAAAGAAAGACAACUUGGUAUUCCUCAUCAAGAAACUGUGAUUAUGUUUAACAAAGAUCACAAUAGAACUGUACAUCUUUCAUCGAUAUCAGGAAAUACACGUCAUUUCCAUUCGUCGUUUUUUCAAAACAAAGUAAUUCCACCACUUGGAAAUACAACAUUUAAUGUAAUAUUCCUUGGUCGAGAUGAAGGCGAUAUUGACACAUACCUUUUUAUACAUACUUCACAUGGGACACUAAAAUAUCAGGUCAAAGGGAUAAGUGUCAGUAGUCCUUACAGACUCAGACCUGUAGUUGAUAUCAAGUUACCAUUAAAUGCAUCUUUUACACCACUUAUAUAUAUGCACAAUCCACAUCCAGAAGCUUUACAAGUGAUGGAAGUAUAUAGUAGUGGCGGAGAAUUUCAAUUGGAAUUACCAUCAGGCGAGUCAGAAGGCACUCGUGAAUUAUGGGAAAUUUUACCUUAUCAAACGAAACCUAUCAUCAGACUAUCUUUCAAUGCUUAUGUAGAAAAGAAUUAUACAGCAUAUGUUAGAUUUAAAGUAAAUAAUACUGCUGAGAUUCUUGUGAUAGCAGUUGAAGUAGAAGUCAAAAAUGGAGCUGGUCUUCAUUGGGGUGGAAGUUCAGGAAUAAUUAAUUUAGGUAUGGGUGGAUCAUUACAACCACCUAUUCGCCACCCAAUUGCUUUAAAAAAUUCCGCAAAAAAACCAAUUAAAGUUGUGAAUAUUAUAAAUACACCUGUAUCAAAAGCAUUAAAACUACAUUUUGAGCCAGCAAUAAUUCCGGGAGAGACAGAUAUACCAAUCGCCAUUGGAAUGUUGGUUUACGAUUGGAAAACCGGUUUGGACUUGCAACACUUUAAAGGCAAAUUAAUAAUAAAAGCAAUAGGCCCAGGUGGUUCUAGUCAGAAAUUAGCAAUUCCCUGGGUAGCCCAAGUAUUACAAGGCGGAUUAGAAGUAAACACAUCGAUUACUCAUUAUUGUUCUCCACAAUCUAAUCAAGCUCGAAACUUCAGUGUGGUGAAUAAAUUUAAAUUACCUUUAGCUAUUACGAAUGUCACGAUGUGUUCGAACGCAAAAUCACUUUUUACGAUAAAAGAUUUCAUUCCUAGAGUAAUAAAACCUGAACAAAAAAUCAAUAUAUUUUCUUUACAACUUGCCAAAGAAAGAAAGGGUGAUAAUGUGAAAAUGGAGUCAUCAAUAUUGAUACAUUCAAAUGUAUCGGUGACCGAAGUUCCAGUGUUGAGUUAUGACGGCAAACUGAAAAAAAUUAUACCAGGCGAGAAGGAAGACGAUAUGGAGACAAUGAAUUUCGGCACUGUAGGAAGUGGUACGGAGAAUGAGGCAAUUUUUGCACUAGAGAAUCAGAAUCCCGUCAAUGUGGAGCUACACAGUUGGGGUGUGAAUAUGCCUGGGGCGGUUUUAGAAUUGAUGGGAUGUCAAAAUGGUCCUGCGGAUUUAUUAGAUAAGGAAUUUCGAAAUAUAACUGUAUGCAGUCAUUCUGGGAAUCAAUAUAUAAAACCAAAGUUUCUGGCAAUUUUUAAAAUUAAAGUGAAGACUCCCAUGGUUGAGGAAGACACAAUUGUUGGCGAUGUUUUUGUGCGAACGACCUACGAGCGAUUUACCUUACCGGUGUAUAUGCGAGUUGCACAUGGCAAAAUAUCCUUAAAGAAGCUUAUUUUUACUGGUUGCUUUCCUGGAUCAGUCUGUGUGCAGCAAGUGAAGGUGCAUUCUACAUUUUCAAGACCGAUGAAAGUGACGCACAUCGUGCCUAUAAACAGAGACAACAGGAUAAAAUACAUUCCAUUGGAGGAAGCUACAAUGCCUGUCAUAUCCAAAGGCGAAAAUAAUGUUGGCUCGAUACAAAUUGAUCCUUCAGUGACUUGCAAACAACGGUGUUACGUAGGUUUAUCGUUAGAUACCAACGCGGGUAAUCAGUGGUUGAAUACGAUGAGUCUUCCUUCGCACACUCGUGAUUCUGACUUGAACUUUCUGAACACGCGAUAUGUACGCUUUAUCAACUCCACCGCGAAUGGUUCUUGGGAAAAUAUCACGAUGCGCUUGGACACAACCGAAGUGCGCAGUCAUAGAUUUUAUUUAAACAUCAAGCCGUAUUGGCCGAGCAUGUUAACAAGUAACAUAAAGAACAAGAGUGUCCUGAUGUUCCCGCUGACACAAGUCGGAAACACAUCGUACAGAGCAAUUAAGCUGUACAAUCCGAGUGCGGGUCCAUUGAUAGUUCAGCUAGUCAUGGGUUGGAACUAUCCUCAAGAAGCGCGUCUUUAUCAGUCUUUACCAAUGAAAUUUAAACCCGCGUGUGAAGAAUAUUUGCCAAUGACUCUGGAGGAGUUCAAACUAGAAGAGAAUGCGAAUGAGCGAGAACUAUUUGAGAAACAAUGGGGCGUAACGAUAGCGCCUCAUUCACUUCCUUUAAAUUUAAAUCCUUUAGAAACGAGGACGAUUCACAUAACAUACACACCUUUUUCCACUUCGACGUCAUCUGGGUUUUUAUAUAUUAGAAAUAAUAUGACUAUUUUAGAAGUCCUACGUAUGAGCGGUCGAGGCGCGAGCGCACAAUUUAGAUUCGGCCAUCGCAAGCCAGGAUCAACUACGCCUCUGUUGUUCGAACUGACGAAUAAACAUCUUAAAGAUUGUGAACAAGAUCGCAAGAAACAUGUGACAACUUUCACCGUAAAGCGAUCUUUUACGGCUAGAAAUACGGGGGAGCUGCCGAUCGAAAUUUAUGGUUUCUAUAUCAAUGAUUGGCCUUGCGAGGGCUAUGGCUUCAAGGUACUGGAUUGUGCACCUUUCAAGUUAAAUCCAAAUGCUACUAAAAGAAUCGAGAUAGCGUUCACUCCGGACUUUACACUGUCACGCGUGGAACGAAAGCUGCUGGUAAUAACGAGCAUGGGACCGGAUACCGACGAGAAUAUUGAGAACGGGGUGGUGACACUUAAUCUGUUAGCGACUUUGCCGGCACACGCGAUAAAGUUGUGCGCGUCUGUGCUUGCUAGACCACCGUGGGAAAGCGCGGUACAAAAGGCCGCACUUAUCCUUUCGUCAGUACUAAUGCUAUGCGUCGCUGUGGUCUCGUUCCUUGAAGCGGACCGAAUACUACGGGAAGGCCUGACCAAUUACUCAAAGGAGAAUUCGGUGCAACCGCCUCUGGAUCUAAGGCUGUUGUCACAUAUCUCAAAUAAUACGCAAGGAAAUAGCGGUGACAGGAGUUGCGUCACUAAUAAAAACGAAAAAACCAUUACAAGUAACGAGAAAAGCAAAACGAAAAAAGAUGAAGUAUUUCCGGAUUGGUCAUUAAUGAACGUGAAAAAAGACAAGGACAAAGAUGUGCAGAAAGGAUUAAAGAUCCCGGAUUGGUCUGCCGAAGAAGAACGUAAAUUCAAAUUGGACACAGAAUCCAAGAAUCGGUUAUCUUUUAAGCGAUUCGAGGAAUUGUCUUUUGUAAAAGUCGUGAAUACGACAAAUAUGUAUGUAUCGAAGAAAAAGAAUAGUAAGAAACAAAAUAACGUUCAAGAGGCUCAAUCAGACAAUUGCAUGACAAAUGAUGUACUCACGGAGACUCAAUUGAGUCAAGAGAAAAGGUAUAUUGUCGAUACGGUUACAAAGUUGAGUCCAACAUCAAAUAGAAAAGGAAAAACGCAAUCGAGUAUUAAGGACGAGCCAAAGUUGAAUAAUCAUGAUAUUCAAAUGGACGUGACGAUAGUUAAUAACAAUCGGACUAACAAGUCCGACAAUAAACGCAAUAAACAGAUAAAUAGUAAUGGAAGCAACAGUAAUAAUCACAAUAAUCACGUUUCAUUGAAAAAGCUCGAAUCGACGAGCAUUCAAAAGACAAUUCAUCUUUCGGAAGAAGAAACCUCGUCCACGACCACAGAGAGUUCGACUCAUGAUGAAACAAUGUCUUGUAAAAGUUUUGCUCAACCGUGCGAGAAACAAGAGAAGCUGCAAAAAAAGCCGGUAUCUAAAAAAAACAAACCUCAAUCUAUUCCUCCUGUGCCAUGCAUAGAUUAUAAGGACAACUAUGAAGGCGACUGUGAUGAUGAUGAAUACGAUAAGGAAAAGCAGAAUAAUCCAAAUAGAUGGAAGACAAACACUACUAGACUCAACACAAAACAUAUUCAUACUUCUCGUAUCGUCGAAUCAUCCUUGAAGUUAUCACGUCAAAAUAAGAAUCCACCACGAAAGGAAAAGAUUGUACAGAAACGUCGUGUAGCUGACAAAAUAAAAGUUAAAUCUUCUCCUGUAAAUGGAAACAUAAGUCAAAAAGAGGAUGUAACACGUAUCGUAGGAACAAUACCCAUCCCUUUAUCACCUCCGCCCUCUUGUUGGGGCGAAAACAGAGCCAAGUUCAGCGACGUAGUGGCACGAAGUCAAGAGAUUGCCUCGUCGUUUUCCAACGUAAAUCAAGUGAAUCACAAAAGUCAAACAAACACGUCAAAUCUGUCCACAGCAUUUAAUACUGAUGUUAAAGACGUUCAGGGUACUAAAUCUCAAUUGGUGCAAGAGUCGUCGCAAACACUAAAAGAAUACAGUUUGAUGUCAAAUCCAGCCCCUCUUUGUAGUACAAACGUCAACAAUAAAUUGCAGGAACCAGAUCCUUUGAUUUUGCAGUCUAAAUCGCAGCACUCGAAUAGUUAUUUCAUCAAUACUUUUACAGAACCUUCACAGUUUGAAUGCGAGUUGGUGCCGUACGACGAUCUUCCAGAAACUGAUGAACCGUUAGUAGAAUUAGAGACUCCCGAAGAAGACACACGAUGCCAACUGUGGGAAGACACUAGUCCUAUGAUAAAUUUAUUAUCUGAGAGUACAAACGGAUUUCAGUUGGAGUCACCGAAAACCCCAGAGAAACCUGUUUUGUCUAACUUGAAAGAUAAUUGGACAGUCGAUACAAACUGGGAACCAUUGCACACUAGGGCAGCAGUCGGAGAAGAACGUGGUGUAUGGGGAAUUAAUACUGGAGGUGUAUGGGCUGCAGCACCCUGGGGUGCGGCCGCACCUCCCAUAAUAUCGCAAACAUUACAAUCUGAGGCAGACACACAAGAAAGAUCGGGAUUUGAUCCGUUCCGUUCGCUCAACACAAUAUGGACACCAUCGUCGGCAGAAUCGUGGAAAACGAAUCGCGAAAAUUAAUAACUUGAAAUUUUGAAGGUUUUAUCUUGUGAUAUAUACAGAGUGUUUGAGAAGUAAUGAA